AUGGACACGUACAGGGACGCAGAUGUUUCGAGUCCCGGCGAGGGCUCGCCCUUGAUUCAGACCCAACAGCGUGAAAACCACACUCACAAUCCCGACUUGGAGAAACCGACUUACAAAUAUGCGCUGUAUGCAAUUGCACUCGGGGUUCUCCUCGCCAGACGCUUCGGUAACUACCAGUCUAUCGUGACCUCGCGGCUCAGGGCGCUGAUUUCUUUGCCUGCAAAAGCUUCGGACCUCGGCGAACUGCGAAAUGCGGCCUGGAUACCACUUGCUGGAUCCAUCAGCGAUGCAACAUAUCUGGUGCCCUUGGCAAACCUGCCGCUCUGGAGGAGCGUUCUAGUCAUUGUCCAGAGCUUUGGCUUCAUGAGCGGUGGUCCAUUAGGUUCGCUCCUCGCCUCAGCGACAUCAUGGCACAUACCAUUCCUAGUAGAAUCCACACUGGCGGGUGCUGCAACUCUGAUCUUGCUCCUGGCGCUGCGAUCACCCGCAAUCUUGGACCGGGCGGACAGUCAACCGCCAGAACCUUCUACAACUCUCGCCGCACCAGUUCAUACCUUUGAUAUUCUUGGCGGCAUCCUCCUUCUAUUCACUGUGCUUGUUCCUUUAGUUGGUCUCAACCUUUGGGGUAAUGUGCUUCCUGGGGCACAUCCAAUUGAGAUCACUCUUCUCUGUCUGACACUCGUUCUAUUGACUUUCUUUACUUAUCACGAGCGCUAUAACAGCAAAUCAACGCUGCUUCCGCUACACAUGUUGAAGAAUCCCCAAUCUUUGGCGGUACUUGCUUGCACUGGAUUGACCAUUUUCGCCCGGAACCAGCUUGAUAUCCACAUCACAUUUUAUGCCGAAGUCCGAUCAAACCCUGAUAACACUUUCACAAAUUGGAUAUUGACUUGCCAAUUCCUUGGCGUGUCUCUGGGAUCAGUUUUCUCUGGGUGGCUUAUUGCGAAAUCCCGUCAGUACAAAUGGCUUCUCGUUGUAUCCAUAGCAAGCGCCUUUACUCUAUAUCUGUUGAUUUCAACCGGUAUCAUUCGUCUGUUCGCGAGUACUGCAAUGGAAGAUCGAAGCAUGUCAUAUGCCUUCUUCGAAUUGACGGUCUCCGUGUUUGCGGACAUUGGCAUUGCCGUAUCUUCAGCACUCCAGCGCCAGUGGUUUAUUGCUGGUAUGCAGCGCGCAUUCGGUCACUCCCCAGGAACAGAUAAGUUGAUAGCUAAGAGCUUACAAAGUCUGGAAAAUGUGCGCAAAUUACCACCAGAGAUAGGUAGCCGUGUUCUUAAUUGUUUUGUUAUAGCGCUUCGUAAAGUCUUCGGCGUAAGUUGCGGUCUUCUCGCACUAGCCGUACUGGUGGCAGCCCUCAAGAAUACUCCUUUCGGUACACGGCUUCCACACAUUAAUCAUUUGCGUGAGGCUGAAGACGGAGAUGAAUAG